AUCUCAACUGUACCAGUUGGGAACCACUUGUGGACAGGACAUUGAGUUGGAAUAUCCUGUACUCAAGCAGAAAUACAAACAAAAUGCAUCGGGCCUGCGAACAAGGCGUCUUUCAGAAAUCUCUUUCUUCCUGGAAAUUCGUUUUUUUUAAUCUUGCGCAAGCCAAUUGAAAAAAAGCACGACAUGGAAGAACGUGCUGCAUUAAACAGCCUUUCAGACGAAGUUGCCGCUGAUUCUAGGGCUGCUGUACCCACUGGCUCAAACAUCAUGGGCUCAGUAGAAAGCGAUAUGCCUGAUCUACGUAAAGCACUGACAACGGUGGAACCAGGGGCUGCAAACACAAAACUGGAAAAGGACACAAAAAGUGACGUUUUGAACUCGCCCGGAAAUACGCAGAUAGGUAUUCGUGAGUCUGGCGCCACGGAUAGCGGUGGGCUAGAUACCCAGUCACAUAACCAUGGCUCGGAAGACAGAAGAAAAAGCGAAGAGGAAACGGGACCAUUUCAAGAAAACAAUGCAAGUGACUCAAAAGCAAAAGAAGAUGCCCUUUUCACGCCCGCAUCACCGGCCGUUCUGGUAGGCUCCAAAGACUGGGGACUGGAAAACGCGGAAGGCCCGACAGAACAGGCAUUCCUGGUUCAGGGGGAAGCACAGAAACAGGCACCAGGCGGUGACUGCGAGCCGCUGCAGGAGCCAUCUGAAGAGGAGGCCAACCCCGUGCUUGCGCAGUAUAUGGCGGCAUGCCAAAACGGCGAUCUAGCCGUGGUCACAGAUCUCAUAUCGCUGGGUAAGGUGCGUGCACAAGACACCUUCAGCGAGGGCGUGACCGGGCUCCACUGGGCGGCAAUCAAUAACCGGCUUCAGGUAGUCAAGUUCUUGGUGGAAAACCCGUACAGCAGAUCGGACCCCAACGCUUUGGGUGGUACUUUGGCUGCCAGUCCUUUGCACUGGGCCUGCCGAAACGGCCUCGUGUAUGUGGUGGACUACUUUCUCUCGCACACAAACGCAGACCCUACACUCACGGAUUCGCAGAAGUACAACGUGCUCCAUUUGGCAGUGCACAGCUCGAACAUCAUGCUUGUGGUGUACAUUCUCUUGAAGUGUGUGAUGAUUGACAAGUCCAUCUACAUCGACGAGCCGGAAAACAUCCAGUGCACGGCGUUGCACUGGGCCGCAUACCAGGGCGACAUCCUCACCGUAAAUGCUUUGCUCAAGUAUGGUGCUGACGUGCUGAAAAUCGACCAGUCCCAGAUGACCCCGCUCCACUGGGCGUUCAUGCGUGGCUACAAGUCUGUGUUGGCCACGUUGCUCGAUGCUGGCUCGGACAUUUUUUAUGUGAACGACAAAAACAGAGACUCGUUCGGCGUGGCCGAGGACAUGAACUGCGGCGCCACGUGGUCCCAGAUCUUGAAGGAGGCAGACCGCAACCCCAAGAAGGAAUGGGCAUUGAACACCCACGCCGUCUCGCCGAAAACAGCAAAAAUCGUCACCUUUCUCACGCCCUAUAUGACUCUCCCGCUUGUUUUCCAUAUGUGUUCAUUCAAUGCGGGUUAUGCCAUCCCAAAGUUGUUCUUCAGUGCGCUUGUCUUUGCCGCUUCCAUUUUCUUCUUGUUAAAACUCGUCAUCCCUGUCUAUCUUCGCAAGGAUAAAGCUCUUUUCCAAACCCCCUACUUAGCAGGCUUGUUCUCGGCCACGGCCACGUGGGCCAUUGUCACCUGGUUUUUUGUUGAGUUACCCAAGCUAUGGCUCCGGUCGUUUUUCACCAAUGUGGUUUUUACGAUGGCCAGUGCGGCAUUCAUUUACUGCUUCUUCAAAGCCAUGACUAUCAAUCCAGGUGUGGUGCCUGUUCCCUCGGACCCCAGGGUAAUUUUUAACGAUAUCAAGGAGCUUGUUUCCUUGGGCCAUUUUGAUACCGAGCAUUUCUGUGUCAACACGUUCACGCGCAGGCCUCUACGCUCGAAAUACUCUCACACGAGUAAUACGUUGGUGGCCAGGUUCGAUCAUUACUGUCCAUGGGUGUAUAACGACAUUGGCGUGCGGAACCACAAAUUAUUCAUUACGUUUGUAUAUUGUUUGAGCGCAGCUGUCGUUCUCUUUUCUGUACUCACAGUCGAGUACUUCGAAGUCUACGCCGAAGAAGCGGGCUACACCAGUGAUUUCGAGGAUUCUUGUUUAUUCCUUUCCGAGGAAAUGUGCGUGGCUUAUAUGAACAAACCGUUCAUAUUCAACUUGAUGAUAUGGUGCUGGAUGCAAGGCAUAUGGAUUGCGUUCCUAUGUGUUGUGCAAACCUUCCAGAUUGGCAAAGGCCUCACUACAUGGGAGUUCAGCUCCUUAGACAAGAGAAUGUCGAAUCCAGCCUUCAACCACUCAACUGUGCCAGGAGACUUCCAAGGACCCAAUGGUGCACAAUCUAACGCAGGCAACUCCGCCAAUCAUGGUCACAAACAUCAAAGUGGCCUUGGGACCUGUAUGAAAUUGCUUGGUAUCGACCAAUUUACAAUGGCUCUAAGGGCAGGUCUGCUCCUGUUGCUCAAAAAAUCAACCCAUACAGACAGCUACACGUCGAUUGAGAGUUUCGACAUACCCACUGAUUUUGGCUGGAAACAAAACUGGCUCGAUUUCUGGUUCAUUGGGGAUAUCAAAUGGAGAAAUGUUUUCUUCUUGCCUAUUGAGGGUGAGAACAACUUGAAUGGUCAAGUCGUGGACUAUUACAAGUUGUAUGAGUUCCCACCAAAGGCCACUGGUGCCCAGGCUGUUUAAAUAGAGAUCAAUAGACCGAACUUAAAUCAACAGAUGAAAGCAUAGUACAUCACAUCCUUGUCUGA